UCAUUUUUGUUUCAGAUCCGAAUGUGGAGUACGGAACUAUGUUUAAUUUUCGAAGUAUUCUCUUUAUUUUCAUCGUCGUCACUUUAUUAGCCUCCUAUGAAUGUCGGAAAAAGAAAAAACCAUGUGACCGUCCCAGUCGACAUCGUAAAUGCCCGAAACCACCACCAUGCAUUUGCAAUAAUGAAACAACCAUAGAUCCUACUAUUACAACAAUGUUGCCGACGACUUUGCCAGGUGAUGAAACAACUGUUUUCGUCUUUCCUGAAGCGGACCAGUUUUCGAGGACUCAUUCUAGUAGCGAAGAAAGUCAUGAAAGUAGUGAAGAGAAUGAAAGAUGCAGACCUCGGGGACACCACCACCAUCAUGGACACCGCGAUCAAGGAGGUAAUCAUAGUGAACAUGAACAUGGUAGUGGCCAUGGUUCCGACCACAUUCAGUCAGGUCACGAUCACGGGGAUACUCGUGGACAGGAUCAUGGUUAUGCUCACCGUGAACAUGGAAGUGGGCAUAACUUCAACCCAAUUGAUACUGGUAGUGGUCAUGGUCAAAAUCAUGGUCAUGAUCAUGACCAUGGACACAGUUUCAGCGAAAAUGGCAGUGGGCAUAGCCAGAGCAAUAGAGAAAGACACGAGAACCAUCAUCAUGACCACGAUCAUGGACGUAGUCGUAAUGAAAAUGACAUUGAUCACGGACAUAGUGAGGAACAUGAACAUCACCAUCAUGAUCACAAUCAUGGACAUAAUCAUAAUGAAAGUAACAGUGCUCAUGGACAUAACAAUAGCGGGGGACAUGAACACCACCAUCACGAUCACGGACAUAAUCACAAUGAAAACGGCAGUGGGGACAGGCGAGAUAAUAGUGAGAGACAUGAUCACCAUCAUCAUGAUCAUAGUCAUGAAGAGCAUGGCGAGCAUGGUAGUGGACACGGACGAUUUGAUGAUAAUUCGCACGAUCUUGAUCAUCAUCACCACCACCACCACCAUCAUCAUCAUCGGCGUUGUAAGCCACCUCCACCUUGCAUCUGUCCUGGUGAUAAUCAAGAACAAACAGUUGUAUAGUCAUAAUGUUUAUUUCACAGCGACAAAACCGCAUAAAAUAUAUUGAAACUAGGUUUUGAUACAGAUUUCUUUUAAAUGCUAGUGCAGAAUGUAAAAUAUAAUUCAAAUGAAUCUAUAGUUUACAGAUAGAUGAUUGUUUUUGUCUUAUGAAUGUGUUUGAAUUAUAUAUUCCUAUUUUAUCUACAUAAAAUUAAAUUUAUAUCCUCUUAA